AUGGAAGAGGAAUUGGAAGUUGCAAGGAGAAAGGUUUCACAUCUUCAAGCACAGACAGAGGGGUCUUCGAUUGUAGAAAAGCUUCAACAGGAACUUAGAGAAUACAGGGAAAUAGUUAAGUGCAGUAUCUGCCUUGACAGACCUAAAGAGAGUUUGAAUGUUCGCUGUCCAACUAGUAGGCAUCCCUUCAAGGGGGCUGAAUUUUAUGAAGUGAUGAUGUUGUCAUUACAAAAUGCUAUCAUUUGUUCUGCAAUCCCUGUGUACAGAGAAUUGUUGAAAGUCGUCAUCGCAAGUGUCCAGUAUGCAGUGUGA